ACUAUAAAAGCAGCUGAGAGCCAGGAGCAGACACAAGAACAAGAACCAGAACAAGAACCAGAACCAGAACCGAGAGGGAAGAAGACUCACAAGAGAUUUACAUCCGCAGCCCUCACAGAACUCGCAGAACGCAUUGAAGUACAAUCAUCUUGACAGCUGAACAAAGAAAAUGGCCUCAGCGAAAGGUGUCGCCAUCGGCAUCGAUCUGGGCACCACGUAUUCGUGCGUGGGUGUUUUCCAGCACGGCAAAGUGGAGAUCAUCGCAAACGACCAGGGCAACAGGACCACGCCCAGCUAUGUGGCGUUCACUGACACCGAGAGGCUCAUCGGUGACGCCGCCAAGAACCAGGUGGCGUUGAACCCCAGCAACACCGUGUUUGACGCCAAACGGCUGAUCGGAAGGAAGUUUGACGAUCCGGUGGUGCAAGCCGACAGGAAGCACUGGCCCUUCAAGGUGGUCGCCGACGGAGGCAAGGCCAAAAUCCAGGUGCAACACAAAGGGGAGGACAAGUCCUUUUACCCAGAGGAGAUCUCCUCUAUGGUGCUGGUUAAAAUGAAGGAGACGGCUGAAGCCUACCUGGGUCAGCAGGUGUCCAGCGCCGUGGUCACGGUGCCCGCCUACUUUAACGACUCUCAGCGCCAGGCCACCAAAGACGCAGGCGUCAUCGCUGGACUGAACAUCCUAAGAAUCAUCAAUGAGCCCACAGCGGCCGCCAUCGCCUACGGUCUGGACAAAGGCAAGUCGGGAGAACGCAACGUCCUCAUCUUUGACCUGGGUGGCGGCACCUUCGAUGUGUCCAUCCUGACCAUCGAGGACGGCAUCUUCGAGGUCAAGGCCACCGCCGGAGACACGCAUUUGGGCGGAGAGGACUUUGACAACCGCAUGGUGGAUCACUUUGUGGCCGAGUUUAAGAGGAAGCACAAGAAGGACAUCAGUCAGAACAAGAGGGCCUUGAGGAGGCUGCGCACCGCCUGUGAGAGGGCCAAGAGGACGCUGUCCUCCAGCUCCCAGGCCAACAUCGAGAUCGAUUCCCUCUUUGAGGGCGUCGACUUCUACACCUCCAUCACCAGAGCUCGCUUUGAGGAGCUGUGCUCCGACCUGUUCAGGGGAACUCUGGAGCCGGUUGAGAAAGCCUUGAGGGAUGCCAAGAUGGACAAGGGCAAGAUCCAGGACGUGGUCCUGGUCGGCGGCUCCACGCGGAUUCCCAGAAUCCAGAAGCUCCUGCAGGACUUCUUCAACGGCAGGGAGCUGAACAAGAGCAUUAACCCCGACGAGGCCGUUGCUUACGGUGCCGCCGUCCAGGCUGCCAUCCUCACAGGGGACACCUCUGGCAACGUCCAGGACCUGCUGCUGCUGGAUGUGGCACCUCUGUCGCUGGGCAUCGAGACCGCCGGAGGAGUCAUGACGCCGCUCAUCAAACGCAACACCACCAUCCCCACCAAGCAGACGCAGAUCUUCAGCACCUACUCCGACAACCAGCCUGGCGUCCUCAUCCAGGUCUUGGAGGGCGAGAGAGCCAUGACUAAGGACAACAACCUGCUCGGAAGGUUUGAGCUGAGCGGAAUCCCCCCGGCUCCAAGGGGCGUGCCGCAGAUCGAAGUCACCUUCGACGUGGACGCCAAUGGCAUCUUGAAUGUGUCUGCGGUGGACAAAAGCACGGGGAAGGAGAACAAGAUCACCAUCACCAACGACAAAGGUCGUCUGAGCAAAGACGAGAUCGAGAAGAUGGUGGACGAUGCCCAAAAGUACAAAGCUGAAGACGAAUUGCAGCGGGAAAGGAUCGCUGCCAAGAAUGCUCUGGAAUCCUUCGCCUUUAAUGUGAAGAGCAGCGUGCACGACGAGAAGCUGGCGGCCAAGUUGAGCGUGGAGGACAAGAAGACUCUGACGGACAAGUGUGAGGAGACCCUCAGCUGGCUGGAGAACAACCAGUUGGCAGACAAAGAGGAGUUCCAACACAAGCAAAAGGAACUGGAACGAGUGUGUCAGCCAAUCAUCAGCAAGUUGUAUCAGGGGGCAGGGCCUGCGGGAACCUGCGGGGCGCAGGCCCGGGCUGGCGCCCAACCAGGCGCCCACGGGCCCACUGUCGAAGAGGUGGACUGAGGACAGUUCUUGGAUCUCAGACUUUCAGAUGGAUUCUAAAAUGUUACUAUUUAGAAUGUUUAAACUAUCAUGGUGUUUCCUUUGUCGUGUACAUAAAUUAAUUUGAUCAUUAAAUUUUA